UCACUUUUUCGUUUUUUUGCAUAAAACAUACCUAAAAGGUCAAAAUUCUUAUCUACAAAAACGACAGAAAUGAUACUCAACAAACAACCACCAGAGGUCACAUGUGUCACUUUGGUGCGCGUGCCAAACUGAGCAGGUCUGAUCACGAAAAACGGCUCAGUCAGUUAACUACCGACUGUUGUGCGGAAAGCUUUGCGAGUUUUUCUGCAAAAUCGGCACAUUUCAAAAUAAAUUUUAAUUUUGUUUGGGUAUAUGUCAAGAAAAGUGACAGAUUUGGUUUUGUGACGCUUUUGAUGAAAAAGUAAGUAUUGCUUUAAUAAAAUGUUUAUCUAAUAAGCGUAUUUUUUUGUGUUAUGCCUUUUUUCUUGAUAAAACUUUAUAAUUUUUAUGAACAGUUUUAAGUUUGUGUCAGUUUUCCUGAUAAUAAACGCUUAAUUUCUAUACCUUCUUUUCGAGUUGUGACACUUUUCCUGAUAAAUUAGUACAAAAUGUCAGAAAGAUCCAAGCUAAUUUUAAAACUGGCCAAAAACAGUCGAGUAAUCAAUGGCAGUGAAUGGGUAUUUAUACCUUUAAAUUCGUCAGAAAACGAUCAAGGUUUUUCGGAGAAUUAUAUGAACAUGGAUGGUCCACGAGUUUCCGACUCUAGUUUGAAUUCAGAUUUUCAGUUGAAUAAUAUUGAAACCGCUAGUGUUUCACAAAUAGAGCCGAGUCAAAAUGAAGCCAUUUCUAUUUCUAUAGAGUCUGAAAUCACAGGAGAUCAAGAAACCUCUAAGAAUACGUCGACCAUCAAUAAUUGCCCUAUAGAUGACAUAACUGCUUGUGUUCCUAAAAAACUACCUGUUCCAAAUCAACCAUUUUUCGUCUUAGGUACUCAAAUCACAGAAUAA